UUAGUGUCAUUAUUCUAAGCGUAGAGUACUUAAUGUUCUGUGAUCGUGUGUCAAAUUUAGAUUUUUUAACCGGAAUUCUAAAGUAAAUCAAAAUAUAAUUUACGCGGAAUAUUAUUCAGUCUAAAUUUUGAACAUUUAUGCUAUCAUUUUUAUUGAUCAGUUUCUUUUGUGCAAUUAUGGCUUGGAGAAGCCAUGGAGUUAACAAUGCGGAUAUGAUUCGUAAUCUUCGUGCUAAUGGAAUAAUCAAAACGGACGCAGUUGCAAAUGCGAUGCUUGCUGUUGACAGAAAGAAUUACUGUCCUUAUACACCAUAUCAGGAUGCACCACAAUCUAUUGGAUACUCAGUUACAAUAAGUGCCCCACAUAUGCAUGCUCAUGCAUUGGAAAUAUUGAAAAAGCAACUUGUACCUGGUGAGAAGGCAUUAGAUGUUGGAUCUGGAUCUGGUUAUCUAACUGCAUGUAUGGCCAUAAUGCUGGGCGAAAAUGGACGAGUUAUUGGUAUUGAUCAUAUUCCUGAACUAGUGGCAUUGGCAAAUAAAAAUAUACAGAAUGAUAACUUUGAUUUGCUAAAAUCAGAGAGAAUCAAGCUUAUAGUUGGAGAUGGUCGUCUAGGAUAUCCCUCGGAGGCUCCAUACAAUGCUAUUCAUGUAGGAGCAGCUGCACCCACUCUUCCUGAGGCAUUGGUGGAUCAAUUAAAGCCCGGAGGACGUUUGAUUGUACCUGUUGGACCUCAGGGUGGUGAGCAACAUUUGACUCAAGUUGAUAAAAAUAGAGAUGGCUCUACAACAGUCAAGAAGCUCAUGAGUGUCAUGUAUGUUCCUCUGACUGACAAGAAUCACCAGUACCGUACAUGGCGUUAACAACAUUUCUGAUGUAUAAAAUUCAAACCAAAAAUUUUAUUUUUCAUGAUUUUUUGUUAUAUAAACCAAAUUCUUUUUUUUUUAUAAAUUUUGUGAAUAAAAAAGGCUUAUUUGACAUGGUAACAACUUAAAACAUAAACAACGUGCAAAGUAAA